UUAAUUUCUCAAGCAAACUUUGUUUCAUUUCCUUCACAACUUGUGAUUUUCAACCUUGCUUACCCACCAUCACAAUACGCUGCUAUCUUUUGCUUUAUUUCUCAUUCAAUUUCAAGGACAAUCAACAAUUGGGGUCAUACAUAUAUACAUGCAUACCAUCUUUCAUUGCCCUCAUUUUUCUUAAAACAAAAUUGGAACCAAUUCCAUCCAAUUUUAAUGAUGAAAUUUUCAAUUGUCGAGAAAAUGGUUGGACCAAACUUCAUGGACGAGAUAGACUGCGGCAGCUUCUUUGACCACAUCGACGACCUUCUCGAUUUUCCCGUCGAGGACGUUGACGGCGGCGCCGCCACCUUACCGUCGGUAGCCGCUGCCGGCAACUGCAACUCGCUGGCGAGCAUCUGGCCCGCUGAGUCCGACUCGUUUCCUACCUCCGACUCGGUGUUUUCCGGCAACACCGCUUCGGACCUCUCGGCGGAGCUCUCGGUUCCGUAUGAAGACAUUGUCCAAUUGGAAUGGUUGUCCAAUUUUGUGGAGGAUUCCUUUUGUGGGGGGAGCCUAACAAUGAACAAAGUGGAAGAGCCAUCAUGUACCACCAAGGAGGACUCAGUAAACACCCAAUUUCACACAUCAAGCCCAGUUUCUGUCCUUGAAAGUAGCAGUUCUUGCUCUGGUGGCAAGACUUUUCCACUAAGCAGUCCAGAGAUUUACAUCCCUGUGCCAUGUGGACGUACACGCAGCAAGCGUCCACGUCCAGCAACCUUCAAUCCUAGGCCUGCCAUGAACCUCAUUUCCCCUGCCUCUUCUUUUGUUGGGGAGAACAUGCAGCCUAAUGUCAUAUCAUCCAAGUCAUCUUCAGAUUCUGAGAAUUUUGCUGAGUCUCAACUUGUUCCCAAGAUGCCAAAACAAGCUUCUGGGGAGCCUAAGAAGAAAAAGAAAGUGAAGCUGCCACUUCCAUUAGUUCCAGCUGAUAACAAUCAAAAUGCCUCACAACCUGUUAGGAAAUGCAUGCAUUGUGAGAUAACCAAGACACCACAGUGGAGGGCAGGGCCAAUGGGGCCAAAAACACUGUGCAAUGCUUGUGGUGUUCGUUACAAGUCCGGCCGGCUCUUCCCCGAGUACCGGCCUGCUGCAAGUCCAACUUUUUGCCCAUCUGUGCACUCCAAUUCUCAUAAGAAGGUCCUGGAAAUGAGAUGCAGGGGCAUUGACAAAUCCGGUUUUGCAAUCAAUUCAGCUGCCUCACCCGAACUCAUUCCAAACACUAACAGCAGCCUUACCCUGGAGUACAUGUGAUGUGAAGGAGUGAUCCUUUGUUGGAAAUUUCUCUUUCAUUGCUGCCCUCUAGAGUCAUGUCUUAUGUUAUUUCUUAUUGAUAUUUCAUUUCUUUGGUUCAUUGGUUUUUGUACAGGGUUUGACUGGGGGAAUAGGAGCAAUAGAUGAUGAUGAUCAUAUUUUAGCAGUUAGGGGAAGAUUGUAAUGAGAAGUGAGGAAAAAAAGGGUAGACAUAUGCAGGUCAAAAAGGGUAGGGUCUUAGGUCUAGUAAUUGUAGGUCCCUUAAGGUCAUUAGGAGUCGGUGUCUCUGUUGUUUUUUAUUUUUCUUGGAAUUCUUUUCAUUUUUUCCCUUUUUAUAUAUAUCCCUAUUUGUGGGAAUUCUUUUUGCAGUUCUUUUGUAGCAAAAAUUUCGAGUUGAGUAAGAAAGUUUUUUGUAA